AUGCGUUUCUCAUCCUAUGCUCUUCCCGUUUUGGCGGCCAACUUGGUUGCUGCUUUGCCUGCUCCUCAAGAUAUUGACCUUGAUAUGGUCAUUGCCGCACCUGAUCCGACAUCCUAUUCCGAGGCUGUUGGCGUUACUGCUCAGACCGUCACCCUUNNGAUCUCGCUGCUGCUGGAGCAGAGGCCACUGCGGCAAUCUCCUCCGUCAGCGUCGCCGCGGACGAUGUGCUGUCUUCGACUGCAGUCGUCUCCAAAAGAGCUGCCGCUACUAGUGUUUCUUGCGCAGUUCAGCCCACUGGAGCUGUCUCGCCCACCNUCCCCGGAUACUCCUGAUGCUUUCCUCCAGGACGGCAGGUUCUCGUCAGCCGCGAACAGCGCUCCAACACCAAGAAACCCUGGUGGGAAGACCUCCAAUCGGAAUUCUACUAAAGAUCUUCAGCUACAUNNCUACAUGGGGUUUGAUACCUUCCAGACAUACGACGUUCAGACUUGCGCGGAUCGCUGCAGUGCUAAAAUUGGCUGCGUGUCGUUCAACAUGUACUAUGAACGCGACCCUUCCCGUAAGGCCUCCAUCGAUCGUGUUUUCGCUCAGACAGCUGACUGGUCCGGGCANGAAAACCCCGAUUCUCCUUCUUGCAUCAAUCCUCAAUCAGUUGUCAUGAUCAAGUGCGCCUAUUGGGGGGCCCGCUUAGCGAGACCAACNGCCAACAACUUUGGACAGAUGCGUGGUGGCUUCAACGUGAGCAUCGCUGGCUCCAACGGUUAUGUUAGCAACCAGAUUGCCACUCCCGCUGGUUUCAACAGUGCCGCUCCUUAUGGCCAGAAAGCCAUCAACGCACCUUAUGAUUAUCAAGGUUACAACACUGUAAGACAGCCAGUUGUUACGUGUUUCCAUGGUGCUAAUUUGUAUUUANNGUUCAUGGGUUCUAAGAUCUUCACUCAGAGCGCCUGGAACACCAGCCUUUGCGCGGCUUAUUGCGAUGCUCAGACUGCUUACAACAAGGCAACUGCCCCCAAGGAUGGUACUCCAUACAAGGUCUGCAACUUCUUCAACACCUACAUGUUGUACAAGAACCAGGCCGCAGUUCCUAGCCAGAACAUUCCUAAGCAGGACAUGAUUCCCCAAGGACAGUACUGCGCUCUAUACACCGAGCCCUGGACACCGGAUUACGCGACAAAUGCAGGACAAUGGAGAGGACAGGACCAAUAUGUCAUCAACUACAGCUACGGUUUCGCCAAAACCAACGGCGGCAUCAGCCCUACUGUCGGUGAUUCCCAGGGUGCUGCAUACCAAGCUGUUGCCGACAUCAAGUGGUCUUCCCUACAGCCCUUCUGCAGUACAUUGCUUGGAUACAGUGCUCCCGUCAUCACUGUUACNUGCUAUGACUACUACUACUUCCGUUGCUACUAUUUCCUCGACAACCACUAUCACAACAACCACCAACCUUCCUUAUCGAAAGAGAGCCGCUCAAACUACCCCAGCUGGAUUGUCCAAGUAUCAAUCAUCCGUUCUNNCUCGAGCGCCUGCAGUAUUGUAGUCACCAGCCCAGCCGCGACCACUACUACUGUCACCUCAGUUGCAACAGUAGCCGCUACUAGCACUGUCCUAGCCAUCCAAACCAUGGAGAUGUGUGUAGCCAACCCGGCGCGCCAGGUCAACGAGCGUUGCAAUGAUGGUACCACUUGCAUCCCAGAUACGUUUUGCCACGUCACUCCCGAUGAUGAUACCUGCAUCUCCACACCUGUCUCCACCUUAAACUGGAUCUCGGCCGGUUGGUAUUUCCUCAACCACCAAUGCGUUCUAUACUUUGACUGCUGUGACGAACAUGGUGGCCCGGAGCCCAAGAAAUUGAAGUCUCGAGACACAGACACAAUCUAUACCAAUCAGUCUGCACCAGAGAUCGAUGGAGCCACUAUCAUGAUCAGACCAGGCUUCUCCAUCACCCUAUCGGAUGUCGCAUAG